CUCGGGGCCGGCAUCGGCCGCGCUGGGCCCGGGCCCGGACAAGCGCCAGCGAGGGCUCUGAGCAGGGCCGCUCCAGCUGGGGAAGGGUCAGCGCCCGCCGUGGGGGACCCAUCCGGGGUCCGACCGCCCCUCUCGAGCUCUGUCUCCUGGGCUGAGCCCGCCCCCUUCUCCCCCGCCAGGGCCUGGCUCCUGGGCCCGAGUCUGGUUCCCGGGACUGAUCUUCGCUCCUUUGCUCGCUUCCGUCCCAGCGGGGGCCCUGGCGCCGGGGCCUGAGCCCCUCUCCCGAGCAGGGGCAGAGCCCGGUUCUCUUGCUGCCCCCAGCUGUGGAGGUUCCGUAUCCAGCACCUGAGCUUUGCUGAUGCUCCCCUAGCCUCUGCCUGCAGGGGCCCUGUCCAGCUGUGGCGCCUGUCGUCAUCUGUGUAGAGCCCUCGGCAGCUGCUGGAAACAUCUGCAUGUGUCAGACUUACCAGAGUCUGUGAUUGUUUCAGUACCUAUCCCGGGGGGGAGGGGGGCACAUUGACUGCCCAGGUGUCUCACCAGGGCGUCUGCGGCUCACCUUUGAACAACUCGAUUCAGGACUCCAGUGCCUGUUUGACACUUGUCUCUGUUUGUGUCAACUUGAGUGCCCACAUGUGGGAUUUGGCUGACUCCUUUAUAGGGAGCCUGGGUUUGAAAUUGUGGAGCCUCUUCUUUUAUAGUAAUUAAUUAGAGUAGCCUAGGUCUAUCCUGUGCAGACUUUCUCUUGGGACUCUUUGGAAACUUCAGCAGAGGAUAUAUGCUUAGUGUGCGGUUCUGUAACAGAGACAAUCUAAGCCUCCCCUAAAACAGCCUUGAGUGCCUCUGCUAUUGCAUUGCAAGGUUCAGUGUAUCUUUGCCUGCCUACAUCAAUCUGCAAGGGAGUUGCAGAAAAGCCUCAUGUUCAUCGAGCCGAGAUGAAACCAGGCAAAGGGUGAAGUUUACAGAUGAUCGUGUCUGCAAGAGCCAUCUCCUGGACUGCUGCCCUCAUGAUAUCCUGGCAGGAACACGCAUGGACCUGGGAGAAUGUACAAAGAUCCAUGACUUGGCGCUGAGAGCAGACUAUGAGAUUGCAAGUAAAGAGAGGGACCUAUUUUUUGAGCUGGAUGCUAUGGAUCACCUGGAGUCCUUUAUCGCAGAGUGUGACCGGAGAACUGAGCUGGCUAAGAAACGCCUGGCUGAAACUCAAGAGGAGAUCAGUGCUGAAGUGUCUGCAAAGGCAGAAAAAGUUCACGAGCUGAAUGAAGACAUAGGAAAACUGCUGGCUAAAGCUGAGCAGCUGGGAGCUGAAGGAAAUGUGGAUGAAUCCCAAAAGAUCCUGAUGGAAGUGGAGAAGGUCCGAGCAAAGAAGAAAGAAGCAGAGGAAGAAUACCGCAAUUCCAUGCCCGCAUCCAGUUUCCAGCAGCAGAAGCUGCGCGUCUGUGAGGUCUGCUCAGCGUACCUUGGUCUCCAUGACAACGACCGGCGUCUCGCUGAUCACUUUGGAGGCAAAUUACACUUGGGCUUCAUUCAGAUCCGUGAAAAAUUGGACCAGUUGAGGCGUGUGAAUUCUUUCUCAACUCAGAAAAUGGUGGCAGAAAAACAGGAGAAAAGAAACCAAGAUCGUCUGAGGCGGAGAGAAGAGAGAGAAAGAGAGGAGAGAAUGGGCAGACGGUCUGGCUCCAAAAAUAGAGAUCGCAGAAGAUCACGAUCUCGGGACAGGAGACGAAGGCGCUCACGAUCCGCUUCCCGUGAGAAACGGAAGUCCCGCUCCAGGUCCCGAGAGCGAGAUAGACACAGACGCCAUCGGAGCCGCUCACGCAGCCACAGCAGAGGUCACCGCCGGGGUUCCAGAGACAGGAGUUCAAAACACAAAUCCUCUAGAGACCGAUCUUCAAGAGAAAAGUCACGAGACAGAGAGAGGAAAGAGAAGAGCUCUUCUGAAAGACGGCAUGAGAGCACAAAUGGCAAAUCUCGUUCCAAGAGAUCGGAAGAGAGAGAAGCUGGCGAGAUCUGAACUCAAAUGAUCUGUAUUGCACUGUAAAUAGUCUGAUAAACAUUCUACAACAAGCCUAAAUUUCCCAUUUAUAUUUACUGAACACAACUCAUCUUUUGUAGUUUUGAAUUUGUAUUAUUUGGCAGAUAGCUGUGAGUUUGUAGAGAUACAGAGUUACGUACUGGUUACCAGGAUUUUGUUUUAGUAGGAAUAAAUAAAUCUGAUAAAUUGACUUCAACGCAGGUCAGUGAUUUACAUGUGUUGAUUGGCAUGACCCAAGGGAAUGCAGCAGUUAGAGCUAGUGCUGUGGUUGGAAACGUAACCUGCUGUAUCAUUUGUAACACUGAUGCCCUUUUGGAAUGUCCACUUGCCCCUUCAUGCAAUUCAAGUUGAGAUCAUCAGUAGCACUGGUGCUACCUCAAUUCACAUUUUUCCUUUGGUUUGUGCACAUUCAGAGGAAUUUAAGGUUUUUCUUGCUUUUUUUAAGUGCUUAGCAACUCAUUUUGUGUUUCCAGUGUUUGAGAAACAUCUCAGUAUUCCAGCUAAUUUAGGACAAACAAAACUAGCCCCUAAUUUCCCUCUUAAACCACUCCAGUUCAUCUUCAUGACGAUGACCAAAGUACCUGGGGCACAAUACUGAGAUACACUUGGGCCUAUCCCUAGUAAUAUUUACACAUACCUACUAUAAAAAGCCUGUGUUCAAGUGAAACAAAAUAUCUGGAUUGAUCUCUUUGUAACGGAGUUCAGUCAUGCUAAAUGGAGGUAGCCUUCUUGUCAGGGUGGAGCAGAAUUGUACUUUGUACAUGUGACGGCACCUUGAGCUGUGGCCUCUUAAGACAGAAGGUUGCCUAAUAAGGGUGGGCCCUUGGCCUGGUUUCUGUGUGUAUGAAUUUACACUGAACUGACUUAUCUCAUUGGUCCUUACAACUGAGGUGAAAGGAACCUGGACUAUAACACAGUGUGGGAAGAAUCAAAUACCUGUAACUAGAUGAAUUUUAAAAUUAGGGAGGAAAAACUUCCUCUGAGUUCACUGUGCCAGCCACGGUGGCGAUCACAAGGAUCGCGCUAUUGUGAGACUUCCCACAGAAUAAUUUAGCUGAAGCAAUUAGUAUGUGCAGAAUCAUGAACUAAAGUAAUGUAACUCCAGCCACUGCUGUCCAGUUUUGACUUCCCAACCUACUCAUUAAUUAGGUUAGGCGGGUAUCUGAAAUUAACAAUUAAAUCUUACCAUUUUCCCAUAGUGGAAACUUAAGGUAUUUGUAAAUACUAUUGCAUUAGUGUGGCCAGCGUGUUAGGGUUUUCCAGCCACUUUUUUUUCCUUGCUGAGCCUCUGAUAAUUCACUUAACUCUUGGAUUUCCUUUAAUUUGUGGGGGAGUGGGGUUUUUUGUUUUUUGCAGAGGUGCAGGAGUUGUCCUUGGUGUGUUAGUCUUCUAGAUGCAUGUUUAGGUAUUGUGGGGGAAUCUAGUUCCUUUUUGUUUUACAACUAAUACUGCAUUUUAAUUAUUGUUUUGUAAUCUCUAUGUAUCACAAUUGGUGAGCUCCUGCUUUUCAGGGCUCUUAUUUACAAGGUCAUCAUUAGAAUAAAUUAACCUGUGAUGAGGGAACAUCACACAGGUUGGCAGCUGAGUGAUAUGCUGGGCUCAACUCUUGUCUUCAGGUACACCUGCAGCUCCUGUUGAAGCCAAUGGCAGGGGUGUACAUGUUGCUUAGAGCAGAGCCUGGCCCAGCAUAUUUCCUUUCUAGGAACACAAAGGCUUUAAUAACAAAUAAAACUCUAAAGCUGAUCACACAAGUGUAAUGGAGUGUUAGAAAGGAACCCACCACGCAUUGAUUUGUUGUAUGUUGCGGUUUAUCAUGUUGGAGCAUUUUGUUCUUUAUAGCACCUUUGCUUAUGAGGAGUUUCGGUCUAAGUAUAAAAAUGUAAGUAAAAUAUGCUGUUCUCUUGCCAGUCUUACUCACAUUAAAGAUUUAUGUUUGUGGCU